GCCAGUCAGACCCGUCACAGCACUCGCUCGAGUCCUCGGAAACCUCGGGAAAAGCCAAUACGAAGGAGACUGUCUCAGGCUUGGGCAGAUCCAGCGUCGAACCGUUAAUCUCGCUUAGGGCAACCGGGACACCGGACUCUGCGGCGUCUCGCUGUUAGGCGAACCAUAGCCACGUGAUCGACGCGGCGCAUCAUCGUCCAAAACAUCACGCGAUAACGCACGAGGACCCUGAAAAUUCGGUGACGCGAAGUCAAGGGACGAUUCGUGUUUACAAACAAUCAGUGAAGGGGGUACAGUGACACGUGUCAGUGAUCAUAAGACUCUAAAGGACCUCUAGCUUGUGAAUAUCAGUGUUGCGACCUACAUUGUGACACAUUCAUCCGAUAGACAGUUGAAUGUAAUUAAACGAGCGUGCUUUCGUGCUCCUUCGCAAUGAUGACGACAGAGGGCUAGCGUCCAAGUUUAGACUCGAUCUUCCAAUUGUCAUCAGAGAUAUUCACAUCAGCCCUAAGCAAGGCGAUUCGAAGAAUCAAAAGAUGAGCGUAGCUCUGGUAACGAUGGACGCUGCGUACGGUCUUCGACUGGGGCUCGGUGGCCACCACCAUCAUCAUCACCACCAUCCCCAUCGAGUUCGAUCUCCGGAGAGACACGUGGUGCCCCAUCAAGAUCAACAACAGGAUCGGAAAGACGCGGAGGCGCCUCUACGAUUCAGCGUGGUGAACAUUUUGAGACCAGACUUCGGUAGAGAGGCGAUUCUUAGCACGAAAGCUCCCAAGCAGCCAACUUUGACCAGUGGACACUCGACGAUCCCAAUUCCAAUACCGCGACACAGUCCUCUGUCGUUGCCGCGGGAUCUGAGCCUGUCGUCCAACAGACUGUCGCCCUCGAGACCUCAGGCGUCCAGCUUUUCGGUGCACAGAGAGAGGGACCUGUUUUCGUCCCACUGCGGACUGACCUCGCCUCUGCAGAGGAACAGCGCCCUCAGCAGGAGCGGAAGCCUCGAGAGCUUGGCGAGCAGCAGAAGCUCCGUUACGGGAAGCUCCGUAACAGGAGCGCCUACUUUGGGAUCCACGUCGUCCACCAUCAGCGGCGAUUCUUUGAGCGGAGACAGCAGCUCUGGUAGCACACCCAGCACAGCUUCGAGUACACCGGGUGGACUGAGCGGACAGAGUCCUUUCCCUGCGUGGGUCUACUGCACCAGAUACUCCGAUAGGCCCUCUUCCGGUCCAAGGACACGGAGGGUGAAACGGACCCAGAACCCCAACAAGUCAGCCUCCCCCGAGGAGAAAAGACCGAGGACGGCGUUCAGCGCUGAGCAACUGGCCAGGCUGAAGAGAGAAUUCGCGGAGAAUCGGUACCUAACCGAGAGAAGGAGGCAGCAGCUAUCGCGAGACCUGGGACUGAACGAGGCACAGAUCAAGAUCUGGUUCCAGAACAAGAGGGCGAAAAUUAAGAAGGCCAGCGGCCAGAAGAAUCCCCUGCAGCUGCAGCUGAUGGCCCAAGGCCUGUACGAUCACUCGACGGUGCCCGUGGACGAGGACGGUGAGGAAAUCACCGUGACUGGGGGCACUCAUCCGCAGUAAAGACUCAGGCUGUACGCUUUUUCUCGCAUGAGUUUGGUCGAGGCCUUCCAUUUCGAGUCAUAGAGUAUGUGCAUACUUGAUCCAGACCGUGGGGCUUUUCCUGCACUUGGGGGUGGUUUAGAGAUAGAAGGAGGUUACCAUCAAUUACCAUCGCAGUAUUUUAGAAGCCAUAGAGGGUGGAGAAUACGAUCAAUUUCGUUUAGCAGUAUCAGAAAUUCUUUGAACUGUGUCCAAGUGACGGUUGAAACAAGGAGGAAAAGGUAUUACUAUUGGGUCGUCCAGAAAGUUCGUGCCAAUUUUGAAUAGGUACUAUUUUGCUCCACAAUCUUUCCACCUUUUAAGGAAUGUACAGAUGUUAUUUGUUUCCAACCAUUUCGAUAUAUUCAGACCUGUACCACCUACCAAAGAUCGACGUGGAUUUUCCAGACAACCCAAUACUUCUUCCUUCUUUAUCAAAUAUAGAAAGUGUACAAUGCUUUGGCUCUACUCUUUAAAUAACAAGGCUCGUACUAUCGAGCAAAGUAAAUUGAUCACCCAUUGGUCAUAUAAUUACUCACACUAAUCAGAACACAGCGCUCCUAUUCCUUCAUUAGUAUUUUUGAUACUCGUAGUAACGUUCCAGCGUUUCUGCUCGAAUCUGUUAGCCGACGUCAUUAGUAAGGCUUAUCCAGCAGACCCUGGCUUAGACGCGACGCUAUUAAUCCUUGGAGCACAGUCUCUAGUUACUCGAUAGUUUACUAGUACAUAAUUAGUUUGACCAGAUUGUUCGAACGAUUAAUAGUGCGGAGUUCGAGACGGGAUCCGCUAGAUAAGCUUUAUCGAUGAGCCUAGCUACCAUAUCGAGGAUGAAGCAAUGGUGCCCUCGCAACCGAAAUUGCUGGUUCGUGGAAAUUUCCAAGUCUAGAGGCCUUUACCAUCUUCUAUGCGACGGGAAGUCGAUAGUUUUAUGGAUUCUUCGAGAGUUUUUAAGAGUCUAUGAGCAGUGAUUAAAAGAAAUCGAUAACAAGGACGGGGACAGCGAUCCCCUAGUUAAGGUACUACCAAAUACUACCAAUUUUCUACUCUACGGAGACAUAGUAAAGAGAAUGAAUCGCGAAACAAUGAGUCCCUUAAUCCCUCACUUGCGGAACACGAAUUGAUAACACAAACAUUUCUCGUUAAUUUCGAUAAACUUUUCUUGGACACGUCUAACACAGCUCUGACGGCCACUUAUCACUCGGCUCCAACAUCGAUUAAUUCAUGAAUAUGUAAAUAUCCAACCAAUAAUUUCUGUUUCGAGAAAUAAAACAAAACCCGCGCGAAAGAGGAGGGUUAAAAGGAAAAGCACGACAGUCGUCAGAGGAACAGCGUGUUCUUUCUGGUUGGUACGAUCGUACGCCGACUGAGACUUUAUAUUUAUCGACUCGUGCAUGUGUAUCGGCUCGGGUACGAUUCUGGUGCGCGAGCUCGAUACCGAUCCUUAUCGAUUAGACGCUUAAAUUAUUUAUUUCUCUGUACAUAGUUGUAAAUAGGACUGGUCCGUAAUGUGUAUAUGUAUGAUACGAGAUAAAGUUAAUAGCAGCGCGAAGAUUCUAUAUAUUAUUCUGUAUGUAUGAGUGCGCACGGUCGCGUGAACACGAAAACGAUCUCACACUGUAUAUUCCUAAUUAUUCUACCAACGUACGGACGAUUAUAUACAUGUAUAUGUUAUACGCGUAGACAGACUCGAAAGGUAUAUACACGUAUAUCCCAGUGUCUCACAAUAAGUGGUCGAUAUAAUCUAUGUAACCCGCUUACAUGUUG